AUGGCGUUAACAAAUUCAAGACCAUUUCAAUUACCUACUUCUUCGGACGACAAUGAAAUAUUAUUGAAUAAUACAUCUCCUGUCUUCCAAGCAAGUGCACUAGGGUUCAAUUCACACAUGGACCCACUUACCGCUACUGCCGCGGACGUAUUUCCUGUUCCGACACAGGACAAUGGUAUUAAUUCAGGUUCCAGUCAAAAAGGUAAGGCAAGUAGUAAUAAUAGUGCAAAAGAUGGAAAGAUCAAGAAAGAGCCUAAGGAAAAGGAUUCUCUUUCCAUUGUGUUUUCAAAGAUUAUUCCCGUUACAGAUGAGAGACCGAUGCCAACAGAUAGAAGUUCUCCGCUGGAUGACGAAGUUCUGCAUAGAGUUUUCAUAAUUUUAUGGGAAAAGGAUCCAGAUCAAAAAGGUAUGACAGUUAAGCAACUGUGCGACCACCUCUUAGAGAAAAAUCCAGAAAUGUCCAAUUUAUCAACCAAACUUUCCAAUUUGAUUUCAGCAAAAUUAAAUGCAUACGUGAAAAAAAUUGAGAAAGGUGAAAAGACACUAACAUACGCUCUUUUCAGAGACUGGUCAGAUUCUUCCCCACGAAGAAUGUUAUAUGUUUACAAAGGUAUCUUAAGAUCGGAUUAUAAAGAACAUGCUCAAGCCGCUCUUGCUAAAAUUAGACAACAGCAACAACUGGAGGAAAAAUUAAAUCCAAAGGAUGAUGAUAAAAAGUUAGCAUCUAGGAAAGAUUCAAAAAAGAAUUCUAAGGCUGAAAAUAAAAAAGUUAUGAAGAAUGACGACAAAAUCUUAGGAUCCUUAAGUAGUGUAAAUGGCGAAAUUAACAGCAACCAAUUUUUAGUAGACCAAAAUAACGUUUCCUUUGGUCAAAAAAUUAGUAUGGCUAAUAAUAUUAAUUUCACACUAAGUAACGAUUUCAAUAUCCCUUAUUCUACAUCUCCAGUCUCUGCUAAUUUGACUCCAAGAGGUCCAGCUCGUUUAAAUUCACCAAUGGUGUCUCCAAGUAGUACAGUUACCAGUAACCAAUCUCCAAAAAAGAAUUCAGUUUAUAAUAAAAAGAGACCCUCAGUCUCUGAUGAUUUAGAGAAAGGUGGUAAAGGAGAUAAUAAAAAGCAAAAAGUAGUUAAUUCUAAACUGAAUAAUGAACAGUCAGUUUCCAAUUCUAACUCUAAUGGCAUUUCUACAAUGAAUGGAUCACCUGUGCCAUAUAUAACUGCAGCAGCGGCGGCUCCUAAACUAUCAAAAUAUUCAACUAAAGAUGGUUUCAAAUCAAAUUCAGCUUCUUCAAUCGGGUUCUUAUCUGCCAUACAAAAAGUAAUUACUACUCAAACUCCAAUUGAACCGAGCUCGGAUUCUAGUCGCCAGUCUAGCAACUGUUCUACCGGUCCUUCAACACCAGGAGGUGGAACUAACAACUCUGUUGCUAUCAGUUCUUGGGUUCAAAAGGUAAGAAGUGGCUUUUUAAUACAGGAUAUUGAAUCUCCAGAAACUUUAUCCUUAGAGGAUUUGGAUAGUUUUUUCAAAUAA